GGUAAGCUUUUAAAUUUAAACCCCCGCUAAAGAGACAGAGCGACACCGUCUCCCUUUCGCGUCCCGCUGUCGAGCACAUGGCGGCCAGACUCCUCCCGUUCCUCCUCCUCCUUUUCCUCCUUCACCAGCCGGCGUUCGCCGCCAAUUUCACCUGCCGCGCACCCGGCGGCGCGGCUCGGUGCCAGUCCCUCGUCGGCUACACCGCCCGUAACGAUACCAACCUCGCGAAGAUCAUGACCCUUUUCCAGAUCCGUUCCUUCCGGUCCCUCCUCGCCGCCAACGGCCUCCCCCUCUUCACCCCGCCGUCCCGCCCCGUCCCCGCUGGCUCCACCCUCCGCAUUCGCCUCUCCUGCUCCUGCUCCGCCGGCCGCGGCGCCUCCGCCCACCGUCCCCUCUACCGGAUCGCCCCCGGCGACGGCCUCGAUUCCAUCGCCCGAAACGUCUUCAACGGACUCAUCUCCUACCAGGAGAUCACCGCCGCCAACAACAUCUCCGACCCUAAUCUGAUCCAAAUAGGGCAGGAGAUCUACAUCCCCUUGCCCUGCAGCUGCGACAAGGUGGAGGGCGAGCCGGUGGUGCACUACGCGCACGUGGUGACCUCCGGCAGUACGGUGUCGGCGAUCGCGGCGGAGUUCGGGGCCAAGGAGGAAACAUUGCUGAAUCUGAACGGGAUUAGCGAUCCCGAAUCCCUCGAGGUUGGCCAAGUUCUCGAUGUUCCUCUCAGAGCGUGUUCUUCAUCGAUUGGCAGCGCCUCAGUGGACAGUGGCCUGCUCGUCUCCAAUGGAACUUACAUUCUCACCGCGAACAACUGUGUCCUCUGCAGCUGCAGCUCCUCUUCGUGGGAGCUGGACUGCCACCCUACCAGAGGGAUCAGUUCAUCAGUUUGCCCAGUAGCAACCUGCGGAAAUCUCUCCCUCGGCAAUUCAUCAUCCAGCACAGCCUGUGAGAGCACAACAUGCAACUAUGCUGGCUACACCAACAGUACCAACUUCGACAUACUCACUAGUCUAACAACUCAAUCAUUGUGCGAUAGUGCAGGAACACCACUGCCACAGCCCAGUGAUGGGUUUUCUCUGCGAGUAGAAGCUCGAUCGUCGUCGAGUUUCUUGCGACUCUCUGUGGCUCUUGCAAUGGUUUUGUUGGGUUGGAGUUCAUGAAAUAAAAGAGAAGAUCCAGGAUGUUGUGGUAUCUCACUGAAGUUGGCUGACAAAUUUAAUGUAGUUCCUUUAUGGUUGUUUAUCUGUUUUUUUUGUUGUUUUCUUUUCUUUUCAACUUAAAAAAGUAGAAUGAUCUUUUGUUUGUUGUAUAUGCUUGUUUGUUUUAGCCCACUAGGUUGAGCCAAGUAUGAUAUGAUGGUGAGUUGAACUAGGUUGGACUAUCAAAUUGGAUUGGGUGACUCAUUUGAUUCAAUAAUGGUUGAUGCAAAUUAACUCUGUAUGAUCAAUGCAUUUUAUUGUUCAAGAGUUAAUUGAUAAAA